GACCUGCAGGAAGUCCAGCGCUUCGCUUCAACCCUGGUUGGGGGGGGCCAGCGAGGUGAAGAGGUGAAAGGGAAGCUGGCCGCGGAUCCAGGCUCGGCGGCAAGUUUGCUUCAGAGGCUCGCUGGCGAGCAAAGGGCAGCGAAGGACGGCGUGGACCGUGACCAACAAGCUUACAACCACCUGCUGGAGCUGCAUUUCCAGGAGCGGGGGGCUGCCAACCAUGCCAGCCUCUCCAGGGGUGUGAUCUGGCAGCUCGCGGAUGACAUCCGAAGGAUACAGCGGCUGCGCAGCAUGAGCGCUGAUGAGCUGUCUGCAGUGCCUGAGGGGGAGGCAGACAAUUUCGUCCACUUCUUCCACGGACUGUACAAGCGGAGGAAGCACCCUGGAGGUGAAGCGGUCUUGGCCCAGGGGCUCCAGGCGCAAAGCCGGAGCGCUGUGAUCUUCACCUGCAGUUAUGGGGAUGGCCAUAAGUCUGCCCAGCAGGCGGUCGAAGACUUCCUCGAGGCAGCAGGCUUCAGCGUGGAAGCUGUAGACACGACGCACGAUCCCCGCUUCGAGGACUGGGUGCAGAAACGGCUCGGUGCACGGCUUAUGGACGUGUGGUACAACCGGAUGGUUCUGCGGUGGAAGAUGUACAACAUUCAGAACAUGAUCGAGUCCGUGGGCUCGCUCAUCUUCGGCCGGUGGAAUACGCCCUGUCCGUCUCCAUCCUGCAACAAUCCGACCAAGGAUGCCUUUAGACAUGUGUUGUUGGAGAUGAAGCCCGACAUUGUCGUGACGGUCUACCACAUGGACCUGCUUCCAAUUUUGGAGGUGGCCAAGGACCUCGGGAACCUCCCAGUGCUCCAUGUCGCCACCGACAUGGACCUGAAGAUGCGCGAGGUCUUCAGCGAACGCCAGCCUGUUAUCUACCCUCGCUUCAGACUCGCCAUGCCCUUCCCACAGACCACCUCACAGCAGACAGCACUGCCCUUGGGCCACGACAGGACCUUCCUUUCCGGCUAUCCCGUGCGGCAGCCGUUUCUGUUGCCCAAGGAUGAGGAGCGAGUACGCCUGGAGCGUGCCAAGAUGGUGCCGCCUGGCACCAAGGUUGUCCUGGUCAUGACAGGCGGUGGUGGUCAGGACGUGCCCUGGCCAGAGCAGCUUGCAACCGAAGGCAUAGGGCGGCCUCUGCAUCUUUUGGUGGUUACCGGCAGGAAUGAGGAGUUCAAGACCCGCUUGGAGCAUGCUCUGACAAACUCCGCCAUGUUCAAAGAUGGCCGAGUGGUUCUGCAAGGAAACGACCUCAACGUGACCGUGGAAGUCGCUCGUGAGCCCGGGCAUCGAGGACCCAAUGCGACGUACCUCAGUGCCGAGCGUCUGAUGAUGCUAAUGGACAUUGCGGAUGCAAUCAUCACCAAGCCAGGAGGCGGCACCACAGCAGAGAUCUCAUACCGGGGUCUACCAGCUGUAUUCGACGCCACGCACGGACUUUUGCACUGGGAGGAGUUCACAGUGCACGCUUUCGAGGAGCAAGGCCGGGGGGAGCGCUUCGUGUGGCCUCAGCAACUCCCAGGGGUGCUGUCCCGAGCUCUUGACCGGCCACGCUCCAUUAAAUUGGUUGAGGAUCCUGAGAAUCCUGGGCAGGUUCUCAACCCUGGGCCGCGUAUCGUUGCAGAAGCCAACAAGCUCAUGGAAGUACCAUGUCGGCAGUGCAAGCUUUUCCCCGACAAUCCAGACAAUAUCUGA